UCGCGCACAGACUCGUGUUUGAAACGGUCCCUGGACUUUCUGAUGAAAUCUCUAAGCGGAAGCGACGCGACGCUAAAACAGAAACUUUAGAAACGCAACCGUGAAAGGGAAACGACCCGAGUCAGGCAGAACCUAGACAGGACCACGGAGACACACAAGCCUGGUUUGGUUUGGACCCGAACCUUUGGAAUUAAACGUCGUUCUUUGGUGAACAGACCGUCAGGCUAGUUGCUAGCUGCUAACACAAGCUAACAUAAGCUAAGCUAAGCUCCACCGCGGCUCGUGUCUCUGUCCCGCCGCCUGUUCGCGGACACUAACCCGGGACCAGAUGGCUCCAGUUUCAUGUUCGUCCUCGGAUCAUGUUUCCCGCCUCAGUGUGUCCUCGAGCUCCGUGUCCACCGAACUGUCCACAGGGAAGAAGAGCAACCAUCACCGCUGUCAGAGAGGCGUCGACGCCGCGGUGGACGCCCGGCUCCUGGGCGACAUUUCCUGGUUUAUGUGUGUGUGGUGACCGCAGUGAGCUCCAGUCCGCCUGUAUACUAUUCUGACUCAGUGGCGGAACCUGGUCCUGGUUCUUGCUCUGGUUGUAAACGUGGUUCUGCCUGUCAGGGACCUGCAGAGUCUGACAGCUGUCACUGAGACCCGCCGAGGACCGGACUGUGUCCUCCUUUUGUUUCACUUCAUGUCUCAUACUUUAUAUUUUGCACUUUUGACUUGAGGACAAUGUUUCGGAGUUUGACGGGUGAGGGACAUGCACCUGGCGGACAGAGCUCGUCCUCUCCGGCCGGGCAUGGAGUCGCCUCUGCCGGCCUGGUGAGUCAGGAAAGCUCGUGGAUCGGGCUGCUCUCCGUGGUGUCCAGGCCCGCGCUGUCUUUCCUGCAGAAAUACCUCCCGGGCCGAACCCGACACCCGGUCCUGGCUGAUCCGGCAGUCCGCUGGUUCAGUGGAGAAUCUCAGCGCAGUUUCGUGGAGGAAGACACGGUUUUUUUGAAGCAGCUGGACGCUAUGAUGCCGCCUCCGCACCUGCGGGUUGAGCGCGGCGGGGCCGCGGUGCCCUGGCUCACCGCUGACGCUCUGAGGGAGAUGGGGAUUGAAAGUGGGGAAGACAUGUCCCAUCAGACCCAGGACGGGUUUGUGUCCUCAGCCCGGACUUUCCUGAGCCAGGUUCUGGUGAGCUCAGUGUCCCAGGAGGUUCGACCAUGGGUCACAGUGAGGGGCAGUGAGAGCAGGACGUGGUGGGGCAGUUUGUGGGGAGGGGAGGUGGACUCACAGAAGGGAUUGACGUCACAUUUGUCCUGGUCUGAGGAUGGACUGCUUUGUCCUCAACAACUGAGGACAGAGACAAAAGACAGAAGCUCAGUGUUUGUCCAGAGCAGUGGUGAAGAGUGUACACUGAGGGAAAACCCUGGACUCUCAGACCACAAAGAACCGCCUCACAACAAUGGACCUCACACAGUCCAGAAUGUGGACGGGUCCACCUGCAGCAAGGUCACUCUGCUGACCCCAGAGCUGGACACUGGUUACUCCAGUCUGAAGGAGGAACAUGUGCUCAUGAACCACCUGGUGACCGCCCUGAAGGAGGAGCUGCAGGGGGAUGAGCCAACUGAUGACGGCGCCGCAGCCCACACAGACAUGGACGGAGACACGCGUGAGGGCGGAGCUUCUUCAUCAGCAAACACAGACGGGGAAAAACAUCAACAACAACAGGAAGAACAGUCUGCAGAGCUUAUGGCGGGCUCCGCCCCCCAGUGUCAGAACAAAGCCAUCGCCUUCAUCAUGGGAUGUCCCUGCAGUGAUGACGAGGACAGCAGCCAAUCAGAGGACAGCGACUCCAGCAACAACAAUGAUGACGAUGGUUUUGACAGUGAGGGGUCGUCCGAUCUGUCUGACUCCUCCUCCUGCUCCUCCUCCUCCGAUGAUGAUGAUGACGACAAAGCCUCGGACUCUGAUGAAGAGGAAGAGUCUGAGGCAGACCGCCUCUGGAACUCCCUUUGUAAAAGUCUGGAUCCAUACAACCCACAAAACUUCACGGCUGCACUGCACAGUGGACGCACACCGCCCAUGAUUGUGCCCACCACCACACACCCCAUCCCUAACCAGCCCAGCCCUACCUCCUCCCCUGACCUCGCCUCUCCCCCUCACUCCUCUGCUGCAGCCCCGGCCUCACCUCCCCUCACCUCCGCCCUCGACAGCUGGGAUGACUCAACGUCGGCAAGCGAGGUGGACGAAGCAGAGAGUCUGCGUGUGUGGAGCUCGUUCAGCUCGUCUGACCCGUACAGUCCACUUCACUUCCAGGCUCCUGUCAGGACUCAAGGGUCCAGCAGGGCCGCAGCUCCCCGCUGCAGGGCCAAGAGGGCCCCCAAGACCCCCUGUCACCAGAACAGGGAGGCCACACCUGAACACAGGAGGGAGGGGGAGGAGAGACUCGACAGCGGCUUCUCUGAUCUGCCGCGACGCUCCACGGCGUCCUGUGGCACUAUGACAAAAAAGGUGCGUUUCUGCGAUAACGUGGAGGAGUUCUUCGCCAGCUGCGGGGAGGAGGAGGAGGAGGAAGAGGAUCGCCGGGGCCUGUGGGAGGAGCUAGCCCGGGAUCGCUGUCGCUUCCUGCGUCGCUGUCAGGAGGUGGAGCAGAGCAUCUCCUACUGUCUGCAGCCGCAGCACCGCCUCCUGGUGGUCCAACGCCGCCACCUCCUCUAAGGCCAGGACCAAUGGACAUGUGACUGAACAAGUCUUUGAUGCUGCAGAAACUCACCUGUGAGCUCCUGGUCCCUGGUUCUGGUCUCAGUGGACAGAUGUGACGUGUCCAGAGUUUUAUUUACAUGUUGUUUACAGUGUUUCCUCAUCAUGGUUAUGAAGAACUGGUCUCAAACUGGUACCAGUGACUCACAGGUCACAAGUGGUCAGAACCAAAGUGUCUGAACGUGUCUGAAAAAUGUGCCAAAACAGAACAUGCUAGCAAGUAUGCUAACUAAGCAAACGUCACUAGUAAAAAAAAAAAAACGUAACCAUGUUUGAAGUGAGGCUGCCCUCUGGUGGUGAGGUCAGAACAUCACAGGAUCAGUCAAAGUAUUGGUGAAGUAUUAGUAUCAGUAUUGAUUCACCUGUGAUCAUGUUUGUUCUGGUGCUGACUUAGUAUCGAUGAUCGAUCAGCUGAUUGUUGUUUCCACACAAAUGGAAAAUAAAGAAAGCUAAACUCUGGACAAA